UCGGACGAUUUUCUUGCAAUAUGGUAGAAGAAAAUCCUUAUAUAUAUUGUUCAAGCACAACAAGACUUACUAAUGAGUGAGAGGUGAAUUUGAUGUUCAAACAUUGCCGUUUAUUUGUUGUAUUCGUCGGAAGAAAGAAAAAAGAGCUCACUUUUCUUGUCGAUAUUUGUUGUUUGAGAAACAAAGCGAUGACUGGAUAUUAAUGAUAUGAUAUUUGUACAUGAAAUGAGAACACAUUGAAGGUGAAAUAUUAUUAAUGUACACAAGGUGUAAAAUAUGUGGGAAGAAUUUUGCGUCUUCUUUGUUUUCUGAUUGGUCGACCAGGUGUUGAAUAAUGAAAAUAAUAAACAUGAUCUGAUUUGAUGGCGUGUCGACAGAAGCCGCUAGCUGGCUAGAUUUGGAACAGAGAAGGGAGCCCGGCAUUGGAAAGAUAUUUAUUUGUGUUCAACGUGCGCGUUUUGGUCUGAUGGGAAGCGAUAUGAAAAAUUGCGCGAAAGACGUAUUAAUGAGAUUUCACGUACAUGCGUUGGUUGAUCUCGUCCAUGAUCCGUUAUAAAUGAACGUCGCUAAAAAUAAGCCAUACCAUGUGUAGAUCCAGUUCAAGUUGUGUUGAUUUGAGGCUUCUGGAGAAAGCUUGUUCCACAACAAUAUGACCAGUAAUAAAUCAUGAAGUGCUUGUUGAUGAAAAAUAGAUACAGUUAAAAAAACCUGCAGUUCUAGUGAACAAGUGAAUAGACAAAAUGGAGUGGAAUAAUAACGGCAGUGCAGGGGUUGAGUCUUAUCCCAUGGAAGAAAGUAGUAGUACAACUGAAGCAGCGUUGACAAGAUUGGAAGUGGUGGCGCCAGCAUUAUCACCACCUGCUACUGGGUUCGCAUUUCCUUCCGAUCUGCUCACGUUGAUUCGCCAGACGGCAACAGUAUCAGCAUCCAGUAAUCUUUCGUAUCUGCUGAGUAACUUUACGAAGGCACUAACAUCGACGAAUACGGAAUUCAAUAUAUCACGAAGAUUUCCACCUUACCCGUUCUUUCCGUUCUACAACGAUUCAGCAUUCGAUUCCUGCCCGUCGAUUCAAAUGCCAAUAGGGAAUUUAAUCUCUAUGAUUUUGUAUGCCAUCGUUGCAAUCAUCGGGUUGUUCGGAAACACGUUGGUAAUCUAUGUGGUGCUUCGUUUUUCAAAGAUGCAAACUGUUACCAAUAUGUAUAUCUUGAACCUCGCCAUAGCGGAUCAGUGCUUUCUAAUUGGAAUUCCAUUCCUCAUCACCACGAUGCAUCUGGGAGAGUGGACAUUUGGAAAUGGCAUGUGCAAAGCAUAUAUGGUGUCCACCUCAUUGACGCAAUUUACAUCGUCAAUAUUUCUUUUCAUAAUGUCCGCAGAUCGCUACAUUGCGGUAUGCCACCCAAUAUCUUCACCCCGAUUUCGGACACCUUUGGUAUCGAAGAUAGUGUCAUUUUUUGCCUGGACAACAUCGGCACUCAUAAUGCUACCGGUGAUGCUGUAUGCAAACACAAUUCAACGCGACAAAGGAAAACUUUCGUGCAACAUUGUGUGGCCAUCGGAAAACGCUGGUAACUCCGGAACAACUUUUACACUUUACUCUCUCAUACUGGGAUUCGCUGUACCACUCUCAUUGAUUCUCAUGUUUUACUACUUGGUUAUACGUAAACUUCGUACGGUGGGACCAAAAAACAAGUCAAAAGAGAAGAAACGUUCCCACCGCAAAGUCACCAAGCUUGUGCUCACUGUCAUCACUGUGUACGUGCUUUGUUGGCUACCGUACUGGAUCUCGCAAGUGGCUCUAAUUCAUUCUCCGCCUGAUAUUUGUAAGUCGCGUCUAGAAAUCACAGUGUUUGUCUUGGUCAGUUGUCUCGGCUACUCCAAUUCAGCGAUGAAUCCAAUUUUGUAUGCUUUCUUAUCGGACAACUUCAAGAAAAGUUUUCUGAAAGCAUGCACAUGCACAAAGGGUAAAGAUAUAAACGCACAGUUACAGAUUGAAAAUAGUUUUUUUCCCCGUUUCGGGCGGAAUCGUGGUUCGGAAAGGGGUAACUCAACGAAAAUUUUACAUGCAGGAAGGCAAAAGGUGGGAGAUCAAAAUCAUCCGAAUGACACUGUAAACAACUACACUAGCGCAAACGGAAACAACACCGGCAGCGGCAGUGGUAGUAAUGGUGGCACAGUUCCGGGUGGUCUAACCAGCAAUGGAAACAACGGAAAUAUGACGACAAUGACGACCACGACCACGGGUGGUGGAACAUCGACAUCGAACGUGGUGCCGAUCGUCAGCAAAGUCUUUGACGCCAGCACCAGACCACCCGUUCUGCACACAGAUUUAUAAAUCUUCGGAAUGCGUUGCUGCUGCUGUGAGCUGAAGGAAACACAUGGAGACGACCGGUAAUUGGUGGCCCGGAUUGAUACGUGCAUUCAUAGGGUUACUUUACUCGGCAAAAACAUUACCAUGGAGCUGAAGGUGGUUAGUAGUCGGUAUAAGACCUAAAUAGAAGAAUAAACUUUUUACCGAGUUGUAGAACAUGGGUGUUCGGAAAAAUAAUUGCUUUCUCUUGGAUCAGGAAUUAUUAUGACGAAGUGCGUUGGUGUAAUGCUUGAACAAAACAAUUUCAACUCAUUUCUCCUAUCAACAGUCCAGAAAUUAUCUGUGGCAAAGCGAUGAAUGAUACACCGUUGAACAAUCGAAACAGAAUACUAUGAAAACAUUGUUGUUUAAUGGUCGUACUGCGCAUUUCUAUAAAAAAACUCAUGAAGAUAUGCGAAGGGGAUAGGUUUAGCUAUCAUCCGGUUCAAUUAGGAUAAUGGAAUCAGCAGUCCGACAGUAAGAAACAUUGAAAACAUUACGAACUAUGAUGUUUCCCAAAGGCACAUAAAUUCACUAUUAAGACGAUUUGAUUAUUGAAAAUCAUUUAAUAAAGCUACCAUAAUUCAAAAUAACUUUUUUUCUGGAAAUGUUGGUUUCAAUGCUAGAUUGUUUCCAUUAGAAGAAUUUUCCACCUUCAGUAGCAGUGGUCUACUAGUAUUCCUACCGUUGUGUGAUCAGUUGUUUUUGACAUUCUCCAAGCUAAUUCCAAGCUAAACAAAUUGAACUCUAGAAAUACUCAAUUGAACAUUGGCUAAUUCUUGAGUCUGAGUUGAAGAAAGUUCGACGUUAGUAUUGAAAAAAAAUGAAAUGUAUCAAAUCAAUCUGAGGUAGGUGAGGGAUUUUUUUGAAACAGUAAUUACUUGUUACGAAGGAUAGCCGUACCUAUAAUAAUCCCAGUUCCUUUUGUUAGAGUUAAAAAUGGCAUAUCUGUACAACUCAUAGGCUCAAAUAAUAAGAUGUAAAUGGACUUUCAUUCGUUUGUCAUUUUUGGACUUUAGUAACAGAAGUAUUGUACAUU